GGUUGAAAUUUAAUUUAAAUGAAUCUUUCGACAUUCAAAUCUGCUUUUACCGGAUAUGCCAUAAAUCAGAUUUUUUUAUUCCGAAUAUCUGCAAAUGUAAAAUGCAUUUUAUUUUUACAUCAGUUUCUAAUCGAAUACACACACAAACGCAUCGUUUCGAAUUUUUUCAAUUCCGAUUUGAAAAAUGAAGAAAUUUUUGCAAUUAUUUCUGCUACAAUUUUUAUUCCUGUUGGUUCAUUCGAUUGAGGAUACUGACGUUUUUGUUCUCGCGAAUGACAAUGAUAAUAAAAAUAAUUGGUGCAUUACAAACAGUACCUCAGCUAUGACGAUCAACAGUAAUAUUAGUGAAACACAGGAUAGAUUUCAUGAAUUAUCACCGAACGAAAUAAUUUCCAUAACACAAGUAAUUGUCGUACAUGAUGGUAUUCAUAUCAAUUGGAAUUUAAUUAAUUGCUCAAAUAGGACCGGUCCAAUUUAUGUUAAAUCCGAGACAGUAUGCAUAUCCGACUGGUGUGAUCAUUUAAACACAACCAUUGUAGAUCAUUUUGAAUACGAAUCCGAAGGAAAAACAUUAUUUUUAAAAUUACAAUCCUAUUGCAACUACACAAUUACCCUGACGAUUUCGAGGGAUAAAACCAACUGGUUAUUCAGCGAUUCGAAUACUUUCAUGUCAAAUCUAAAACGUCCCCAUUCUAUAACACAUUUGAGUGUAUACUCCAAAAAUCGUACUUCAAUUUCCCUUCGAUGGAUACCACCGUACCCCCCAACAGGUGUCUUAAAAGAGUAUAAAAUUGUAUAUAUUUAUUCAGAGCAUAAAGUUCAUUAUAUUCAAAUUUAUCCUAUUAAGGAUAUAAUAAGAGCUUCAGAAGCUACAUGUAAGCUAUGGAAGGAAUUUCAUUGCGCUACAAUUACCAAUGAUGAAUCAGAUGGUCAUAUUGACUUUGUAGAGGUGUCUGCAAAAAAUCAGGAACCAGACGAAUUUGGUCCUCACACCAGAAUAAAAAUAGAGCGCAAAGAAAUGGGACCGGAACCACCGUAUAAUUUAAAUUACGAAUGGACGGACGAAAAUAAACUAUUCAUUACGUUUUACCAUCCGAAUAACACCAACGGUAGGCUAACGAGAUUUGAGUUAGUGGUAUUUAAUAGAAGUGAAUCUAAAAUUAUAAGAAACGAAGAAGAUUACCAACUUCAAUAUAAAUUUAAUUACGAACAUUUGGCAUUUUUAGAGACACAAGAACCCUGCAGUAAUUUCAAAAUGUCUAUAAGAGCUCAGAAUAUAUACGACAAUAGUAACUUUACAGAGUUACUAAUACAUGUUCCUCCUUCAACACCAAACAAUAUAACAACAAAAUUCAACUACACCAGUGGGAUAUCGAAAAUAACAAUACAUUUAAUGUUUGAAACGAAUCACCCCAAUCGGGUUAUUAUUCUCGUCUCUAAACGGAUUAACAUCGAUGAGCUUCGAUUAUUCGAAACCAACGAUCUUAUCGAUCAAAAUCAAUUCCAAAAGAAUUUCACUUCUUUUUGGAUUGUAUACGAUAACAACAAUUUGAAUUCUUCCGUUGUGUUAUUCGAGAUAGGCGAUGGAAAUUCAAAAUGGCGCGGUUUGAGGAAUCCCCUUUUGGAAUCCGGAACAAAUUACACGAUUAUUGUGUAUAUCGCCAAUUAUUGUAAAGAUGGGGCAACGAGAUGGAGGAAAGUGGAGAAAAUUAUUCUGACUGAUUACGAAAGUAAUUCGUGGAAUUUAUGGCUCACGAUGAUAUUGAUUCCGAUUAUUAUUGUUCCAUUCGUUCUUUGGUACAUGAAGAAGAAUAACAUUCAUUGUGUGUGUUCAAUUACAUGCGGAUACCCGUACAGGUCGUCAGCAGCAGCUUGAAAUUGAAACGUAUUACAUUGGGCAGAAAACAAAAUAGACAAAUAACUUUGAAAGUUACAUUUAAGUAAAGGACAACUUCAUACAGUUUAAAAGAUAAAUUAAAUUCUCUACAUGAUAGAGGUCUCAAUCGGUCUCAAAUGAUGCAAUCUACCGCCAAAAAUUCGCAACAAAUUCAAGAACACCCUGUAGUUCACCUAAAUCCGGUCCUGGAUGCUAAUGUGUAGAUAAAAAUAAUUUUAUUGUGAAUAGUGGUAUGGAAAUAUUUAAGAAUGUUCCAUUUAAAACAAACUAUCGUAUUCAGUAUGGAACACCUUUUGUAUAUUCUUUCAAAAUAUUAACUUAUUUAUGUACCUAUUAUUGUUUUCUUUAUGAAUAGAAAUUUUAUUGUAAUUACAAAAAAAAAGAUGUUAAAGAUUUAUUUACCAUAAAAAUAAAUAUACAGGUUGCUCCAUUUUUGGUCGCAACAUAGAUUAUA